AUGUCCACGACCUUGGCCCCGUUCUUCUCAACGCCCGCCCGCCGCGAAACCCCUCUUCCCCACGCACGACUUCUAGAGAUCAACGUUCAACGUUCAACCCUCCAGCCCACCUUCGACGCCGUCCUCCCCGGUCAUAACCCUAUCCUCAAGCCCGCACCACCCUCGACACCUUCGGGCUCCGGCUGGAGUGAAAAACACAUCGAGCGACGCGCGCGCGGCGGACGCGUCCCCCGCCCGCUCGCCGCCGCUUUCUGGCAUUGCGAGACCUCCAAGCUUCAAGCCUCCACGCCGGUCGCCUAUGUGCGCCGCGCCGCGCGUCCUCGCCUCCCUCCCCGCCUCUGCGACGCACCUCCUGCGCACCUCCUGCGGGCACGAAGUCCGCUGCCGCCCGCGGACGCCGCCGUCGGCAGGAUCAACAUCGUUCCCCGCGUGGCCUGUCUCAUGGCUAAGUAUGCGCCGCGCCCGGACCUCAGGGAGCACAAAGCAGACGUCACCGAGCACCUGCCGGGCUUCGAGGGGUCGAUGCGGUGGGUGUCCCUGCUUUUGGGCAAGGCGCAGUGGGAGGACUCGUGCGGCGGGGAAGUGUUCUCGCCGGAGCGCGCGUUGGACUACAUACCACGGGAAGGUGCUGCCGGAGGUAGUGGACGAGGGCGGGGACUGCAAACUGUCGGGAACGCUGCUCAUUCGCGAGGACGAUUUGCGCACGUACGCGGAUGGGCUGGUUGA